AUGGCAGGGUGCAGUGGAGUGAUGUGGAGAUGCACUUAUGACGAGGUUGAUGAAAUCGCUCACGGGCGUCGUCGACUUCUGAUGUUCUUCAAACUGGUAUACUUUGUGGAACUGGCAAACUCCCCUUCCCUCCCACCUCACCCGCCCCCUCAACUUCCGGUCUUCUGGCUCAUCAUCCCUCUGGAGACUGACGAUCUCUACCUUGGCCUAUUCCCCUCUCAUUGUGUUGCUGUUGUUGUUUAUUAUAGCUAG